AAGGCGGAAGCGGCUCCCGGGCCCCGAGUGCCGGACCGGGGGUCCGGAGGGGCCAUGGCCGGGGCCGGCUGGGCCCCGCCGCGCCUCGACGAGUUCAUCCUCACCGAGCCCCUCGGCUCCGGCACUUACGCCACCGUCUACAAGGCCUACAGGAAGAGGGACACGCGUGAGGUGGUGGCCAUCAAAUGCGUCAACAAGAGGAGCCUCAACCGGGCAUCGGUGGAGAACCUGCUGACAGAGAUCGAGAUCCUCAAGACCAUUCGCCAUCCCAACAUUGUGGAGCUCAAGGACUUCCAGUGGGACGGUGACCACAUCUACCUGAUCAUGGAGUUCUGCGCCGGGGGGGACCUGUCCCACUUCAUCCGGAUGCGCCGCAUGCUCCCCGAGAAGGUGGCACGCGUCUUCCUGCAGCAGCUCGCCUGCGCCCUGAAGUUCCUCCACGACCACAACAUUUCCCACCUGGACCUGAAGCCGCAGAACAUCCUCCUGAGCGCCCCGGAGAACCCCCAGCUGAAGCUGGCAGAUUUCGGCUUUGCUCAGUACAUGUCCCCGUGGGAUGAGAAGCACGUGCUGCGUGGCUCCCCGCUCUACAUGGCCCCCGAGAUGGUGUGUCAGCAGCACUACGACGCCCGUGCCGACCUGUGGUCGGUGGGCGUCAUCCUUUACGAAGCAAUUUUUGGGAAGCCACCCUUCGCUUCCCGCUCCUUCGCCGAGCUGGAGGAGAAGAUCCGCAGCGACCGGGCUGUGGAGCUUCCCAGCCGGCCCCAGCUCUCUCUGGAAUGCCGGGAUCUCUUGGGACAGCUGCUGGAGAGGGACCCUCGGAAGCGCAUCUCCUUCGAGUGCUUCUUCGCUCACCCCUUCGUGGACAUGGAGCACAUCCCUGGCCCCGAGAGCCUGGGCAAGGCGACCGACCUGGUGGUGGAGGCAGUGAGGAAAGAUCAGGAGGGAGACGCCAAAGCCGCCUUCUCCCUCUACCGCAAAGCCCUGGAGUAUUUUGUGCCAGCGUUGCACUAUGAAAGCGAUGCGCGGCGCAAAGAAGCCAUCCGGGCCAAGGUGAGGCAGUACAUCUCCCGAGCAGAGGAGCUGAAGGUGUUGGUCACCUCCAGCAACAAGAACCUCCUGGAGAAAGGAAACCCAGCCAGAGAGCUCCUUAAAGAGAUGGCCAAGGACAAACCUCGGCUCUGCGCCGCGCUGGAAGUGGCUUCGGCUGCCAUCACCAAGGAGGAGGAAGGCAGGGAUGACAGUGAGGCCCUGGAACUGUACCAGCAGAGCUUGGGGGAGCUGCUGUUGCUCCUGGCUGCGGAGCCGGCAGGGCGGCGGCGGGAGCUGCUCCAUGCCGAGAUCCAGACCCUGAUGGCCCGAGCCGAGUACCUGAAGGAUCAGAUCAAGAUGCGGGAGGCACAAUCCAUGGGCAAAGAGGCGCUGGCAGAAUCUGUCCGGAGCGCCUGUACCUUGCAGUGACUCCCGGGAGCUGCCCCGCAGGACGCUGCUCGCUGCCCUACCUGGAGACACCGGCGCCGGGAUGAGGUUUCCGUCCCCCGCUCCAGGAUGACACCUGGAGGGUCACCCCGGGGCUCCCAGCCCCGGGGGCUCUGCGGGGCCAUCUGCCCCUCUCGCAGGCGCUGGCUCAUUUCCCUGCCAGCCCUGCCUCGACCGUCUGCUGCUGCAGCCUCCCCUGCCACAGCGGGCGGGUUAUUCCACUCUAAUUCCCUCCGCUGGCUGCCAUGGGAAGGGUAUUUUUAUCCUGGCAGGACAUCCCCCCUGCUUUUUCGGCUGGGUGGUUCUUCCACCUCCCGAAUUCUGGGGGAGCUCACACGGCCCAGGUGCACAAAUCCGGCCGGGAGCUGAGGGUGGACAGGGAUGCUCCGCUGUGCCUUCCUCGCCCGGCAUCUACCUCUGCAUCCAGCCUCCAGCACCCACUGCAGUGGCCCAGCCUAGCCAUACCUCCCUGCCUCUCGCUGCUGGAGCACUGGGAAUGAGGCUUUUCCUUCCUGAACCUGGAGCCUGGCAGGUGCUGGCUGUGUCAUCAGUGUCACGACAGUGAGCAGUGCUCAGCAGGUACUGAUGGAGCCGGGCACGAGCAGCAAUCAGUCACCUUCAGGGACACCCUCUCAGCAUCCUGCCUGCCCUGCUCCACUCCUCAGGGCCCUGGCACCCCCAACAUCCAAAUCAUGUUCCCAGGAGUCGCUGGUAUGGGGUGCUGAGGUUGGCCUGGAAAACAAGGUACUUGUCUCAAAAUCUCAAGGGAAUGUAAUUUAUUGUCUUUAAUAAACUUUAAUUUUGAUUUCUCCA